AUGCUUGCCCCCAGCUCUGCUCUGAUGUUGGAGCAGGGCUGGCAAACAAGAGGGGCAAGAGGAAGCCUCCAGAACCUGAAGAAAUUUAAUAACCAGGACUUCAACCAGCUGCGAGCCUUGUGCCUGAGCCAAGGACUGCUUUUUGAGGAUGCCACCUUCCCCGCUUACGUCAGUUCCAUUGGUCCCAACCUGCUCCCAGCGGAUAAACUGUGGCAAAUACAAUGGAAGAGGCCAACUGAAUUUCAGAGAAAUCCUUAUUUGAUCACAGAUGGAGUUAGCAGAUUUGAUAUCAAGCAAGGAGAAAUAGGUGACUGCUGGAUGCUGGCUGCCCUGGGCUCCCUGACACUGCAGAAGCAAUUUUUGGAAAAUAUUUUACCAAAGGACCAAGGAUUCCAGGAUGAUUAUGCUGGGAUUUUUCAUUUCAGGUUCUGGCAAUAUGGAGACUGGGUGGAUGUAGUGAUAGAUGACCGACUGCCAUUCCUAAAUGGAAGAUACCUGUCUGUACACCCUCGAACGUCAAAUGAAUUCUGGCCAUCCUUGCUGGAAAAAGCAUAUGCCAAGUUUCGGGGCUCCUACCAGAACUUGCAUGGAGGUUACCUUUCUGAUGCUUUAGUAGACCUCACAGGUGGCAUCCAAAUGCAGUUUUCAUUGAGGGAUCCCCCUCCUGAUCUGGAGGAGAUACUGAAAGCAGCUGACAAAUCUCAGUGUCUGAUGGGAUGUAGCACCUCAGGCCAGCCGAGGAGGAACAUAGAGUUGGGGAAUGGGAUUGUACAGGGUCACGCCUACACUGUCACAGGAGCUGUGAAGAUACGCUACAAGAAUGGCUGGAAACAUAUCAUCAGAAUCUGGAAUCCGUGGGGCCAUGGGGAGUGGAAGGGGCCCUGGAGUGAUAACUCUCCUCAGUGGGACCAUGUUGAGCCUAAAUGGAGGGAAGCCCUCCUCAGAGACAAGGAUGAUGGAGAAUUCUGGAUGUCCUGUGAAAACUUCCAGGAGCAGUUUUCCUGGCUGUAUAUAUGUAACAGUACCCCAGCGUUUCUGGACUUUGGAGAUCAGCACUGCACGACGUGGUCUAUGGAAAGGCACGUCAGCCUGUGGAGUCCAGUCCUUGCCACAGGCAGGAACAACUAUUCCCCAGGUGCAGUUUCAACGAACCCUCAGUAUUUUUUCAAAGUGCCGGAUUAUGCCCCAAACACCUAUAAUGUAGUCAUUUCACUCAUGCAAAAACAUGCUAAGGGUAUGCAGGAUGCAAAAAACCUGAAGAUUGGCUUUUUUAUCACCAUGGAGAACUCUGAAGUUCUGAAACAAAAUUUUUCUGUGACUCGAGAUGUGACCAACUACUUUAUCUUGAGCCCAGGAACAUAUGGUGUCGUUCCUGCUACAACAGAGGACCAAGAAUUUGAAUUUCUCUUACGAAUUUUCACAAAGAAUCAAGACCACAACAAGAACCCAAACUCCCUGCCCAGCCCAGUGCUGCCGAUGGAUGGAUCAAGACAGAACCAGGACAGCUCCUAUAAGGCUGUCUUCCUAAGAUACGCUAAGCAGGGCUCAGCUAUUGAUGCCUCGCAGCUGCAACAGCUCCUUAAUGAAGUGAUCCUGCAAGAUGAAAUGACCAGCCUGGGAGGAAGAUUCAGCUUCGAUUCAUGCAGAGGCAUUUUAGCUCUGAUGGAUCUCAACUCGAACGGACAGCUCACACUGCAGGAGUUCGGGAGCCUCUGGCGAAGUCUCACUAAGUACAUGGAUAUCUUCAGCAAGGAAGACAGAAAUCAUUCUGGAUUUCUUGAUGUGUCUGAACUGAAAAGCGCAAUAGAGAGAGCAGGUCUGGCCGCUAACGAGCAGCUCCUGCGCCUGAUGACCUUGCGGUAUGGCGAUGCUGCCAGGAGAAUCGGCUUCUCUGACUUUGUGUAUUGCAUGCUGCGCCUUGAAACCGUGACCCGUGAGUCUCAGCGCCAGGGCCUGGGGACGUGGCAGCAGGGGAGCUUGCAAAGUCAGACUGGGGGCAGCGGCAGGAGAUGCGUUUCAAAACUUAGCAGAGGGCGGAUCACAAAUUUUGAUGACGGCAAUGGAGCUCGGCCUGUCCCCGACAGCUGCCACAAAGCCACCUCAGAGCAAGCCCCUGCCUUGAGAGGAGAGAGGGGUCCUCGGGGGGCAGCUGCCAGCAACCGCAAUGAGAACAGCCGCUGCUCUUCACAAAAUGACCUGAGAGGAAAGGUGGAUUGA